AUGUCGCUCAGCUACAUUGUAUCCGCCAAAAAAUCCACGGUCAUCUCGAAAACCGAAGUGGGAAACUUCACCGAUCCCAAAAAUUUGAACCUAAUUCUGAAUCGCGGAAAUCGUCUAGAUGUUCAAUUGUUAACUCCAGAAGGAUUGAAGAGUGUAUGCGAGAUUCCGGUUUAUGGAAGAAUCACUAAUCUUCAACUUUUUCGCCCGAAAAAUGCGGUGAGUUAGGGUUUUUAACAAAAAAAUUUCGCUUUCACGCGCUCCACCGCAAUAAACACGCAACACAGACCGCGCCGCGCCACAAAACACACAAAUAAGGGAACGAUUCAAAUUCCCUCCCUUUUUUGUGUGUGUUGUAGCGCGGCGCGGUCUGCGUUGCGUGUUUAUUUCGGUGGAGCUCUUUCGAGCUCAAAUUUAUGAAAAUUGAGCUUUUUUGAAGCUGCAAAUCAUGAAAAUUGAGCUUUUUGAGCUCAAAUUUAUGAAAAUUGACUUUCUGAAGCUAAAAAUUAUGAAAAAUGACAUUUUUGAGCUGAAAAUUAUGAAAAAUGAGCGGAAAAUCAUGAAAAAUGAGCUUUUUGAAGCUGAAAAUCAUGAAAAUUGAGCUGAAAAUUAUGAUUGACUUUCUGAAGCUAAAAAUUAUGAAAAAUGAGCGGAAAAUCAUGAAAAAUGAGAUUUUUGAGCUGAAAAUCAUAAAAGAUUUUGAAUCGUUCCCUUAUUUGUGUGUGUUGUGGCGCGGCGCGGUCUGCGUUGCGUUUUUAUUUCGGUGGAGCGCGUUUCGAUAAUAUAAGCAAGAGAAAAUAACAUGUUCUAUUUUUCCAGGAAACCGAUUAUUUGAUAGUGUUAACCGAGAAACUUCAAAUGGCAGUUUUGGCCUAUGAAAACUCGAAAAUCGUCACAAAAGCCGCUGGAAAUAUUGCAGAUCGUGUGGGAAGACUAACAGAUUACGGCACAAUUAUAACCGUCCAUAAAUCUGGUUUAAUCGCAGUUCGAUUAUACGACGGAACUUUGAAAUUAGUCGAAUGGGAAAAACACAGCGAUUUGAAGCAUUUCAAUGUCCGAUUCGAUUCAAUAAAUGUAAUUGAUGUCAAAUUUAUGGAAACCAAAGAUGAGAUUUAUCGAAUGGCGUAUAUUUCGGAAGAUAAUCAAGGUCGACAUCUUCGUGUGGUGGAUUUGGGAAUGAAUGACAAAGAGUUCCGCGCAUUCUCAUCGCAGGAGAAUAUUUCCAACGAUGCCUCUUUCAUUAUCCCCGUUCCUCAACCUAUUGGUGGAGUGAUAGUUCUAGGAAUGGAUACGAUUUUAUACCAUCCAGAUGAUCGGCGGAAUCCAGUUUCCUGUCCAGUUUCAAAUAACACAUCUUUCACAGCAUAUUCAAAAGUGGAUGUGGAAGGUAACAGAUAUCUUCUCUCUGAUAACAAAGGUCGACUUCUGAUGCUUCUCCUGAAUGUAGAUGAUUCAAUUCGAGAAAUGCGUGUGGAACAUCUUGGCCUAACUUCAACCGCCGACACUGUUAAAUAUCUCGACAAUGCUGUCGCAUUCAUUGGCUCAAGACUUGGAGAUUCUCAAUUGAUUCGUCUUCUAGAUUCACCGAAUCCCGAUGGUUCUUUUGUCGAAAUUCUAGAAACUUAUGUGAAUAUCGGGCCGAUUCGUGAUAUGAUUCAUGUUGAAACUGAAGGUCAAACUCAACUUAUCACAGUUUCCGGUGCUCAUAAAGAUGGGUCUUUGAGAGUGGUUAGAAAUGGUGUUGGAAUUGAUGAGUCAAAUAAUGCGGAUUGUCCUGGGGUUGAGAAUAUUUUUGUGCUUCGAUAUAAAUCAGAAUUGGAUAAUUAUGUGAUUGCAUCUACAGAUUUUCAAACACAUUGUAUUAAAGUUGUUGAAGAUGAUUUAACAGCUGGUGGUUUAUUAGAUUUCAAUGAAAAUUUGCCAACGAUUUUCGCUGGAUGUUUAUUCAAAAAUGCUGAACUUGUAGUUCAAGUCACAAAAAAUGGAGUUCAACUUAUGAAAGAAGGAAAAACUUCGGUUUUUUGGAGACCAGAGAGUCAAGAACUUAUAACAAAAGCUGCGGCAAAUGUGCUCCAUGGUCAAAUUGUGAUUGCCGCUAAAGAUGAAUUAUAUUAUUUGAGAUGUUUGGAAGAUGGAGAUUCACUGGAAAUUCAGGAAAUAUCAAAGCGGGUUAUGUCGGAUGAGAUUUCUUGUGUUGAUAUUUCGAAUGAAAAAGAUGAUGGUAGCAAAGAGGCGAAUUUUGUUGUUGUUACACUUUGGAAUUCGUUCAAAUUGGAAAGUUUGACGAUUACUGACUUGGUUACGGUGAGUUUUGGGAAGUAUUUGGGCUCGAAAUGCUCCAAAUUCCACGUGGAUUAUGAAAAUCCUCGAAAUUUGGAGCAUUUUGACAUCAAACACAACCAUAUUUGGGCUCAAAAUGCUCCAAAUUUCAAGUUUCAACCUAAAUUUGGCUACCGCUGAUCAUGUUUCCAGAAAUUUAGAUGAGUUAUGACGUGGCAAAUUAGCUUCAAAAAUGAUUUUCAAGAAAAUUUGAUAGCAUAGGGUUGUUCAGAAGGCGAGAUAACAUGAAAAAUCUUUGAAUUUUCAAUAAUUUUUCGAAAUUUUGGAAAUACCAAGUUUAAUUUUAAAUUUUCCUCUUUUAUUUUAAAAUUGUCAUUAAUUUUUCAGCGAUUUUGAACAAAAAAAAUACGUUUCAAAAUUUCGAUUUUUGUGAAAUUUUCGAAUUGAAACCAAAAUUUAAAAUUGGAAAAAUUUUCUUUAAAAAAAUUGGAUGAACAUUCUGAAAUUCAGAAUUUCAUAUGAACCAAAAUUUUUAGCUCUCACAAGGAAUUUGUUCAUUUUCAGCUUAAAAAAACUUGAAAAUCUACUUUUUUGAUGAACUCCAAGCUGAAAAUUGCUGUCUAGUUGCAGAAACCAAAAAAAUUUCAAUUUUCUGUCAGAAAAUCUAAAAAAAAUACGUUUCAAAAUUUCUCAUGAAUUUUUCUUUCAAUUUUUGUAAAAUAUUGGGCGCAAAUAAAUUGAAACCAAAAUUUAAAAUUGGGAAAAUUUUUUCGAAAAAAAUUGGAUGAACGUCGAAAAUAAUUUUUUAAAAGUUUUGAACAAAAAAUUUUCGAUUCAGAAAAAUGUCAAAAAACUAAAUUUUUUGAAUUUUUUUAAAAUUUUUUUCAUUGAAACUUUUUUGUGUUGAAAAAUAGGGUUUUUUGACAUUUUUUGAAUCGAAAAUUUUCGAAAACUACUAAACAAUCUCACAAAAAUUGAAAAAUUUGAUAAUAAAUUAUAUCGAAAUUUUGAAACGUAUUUUUUUGUUAAAAAAAAGUCCAAAUUUGUCUCAAAAUCGCUGAAAAACUAGAAAACCCCUAUUAAAUUGAAACCAAAAUUUGAAAUUGGGAAAAUUCUAUUUAAAAAAUUUUUUGGAUGCACAUUCUGAAAUUAUCGAUUUAUAAAUCUGAAUUUUCAUCCAAAAUUUUUUUCAAAAGAAUUUUCCCAAUUUUAAAUUUUGGUUUCAUUUUAUUUUUUCUAAUAUUUCUCAAAAAUUGAAAGAAAAUUUUGAAACGUAUUUUUUUUUGGUUUAAAAAAAGUUAGAAUUUGUCUGAAAAUUCGAGCUGAAAAAAAAAAUCAAAUCAAAUUUCCAAUGACUAAAAAACUGAAAAAGUGUUCCGAACUACUAGAAAACAUAGAUUUUAUUCAAAAAAUCUAAAUUUUCAGCGCAUGGAAGCAUUUCUCCCAACCAAAGUUGUCGCCAGAAGUGUAAUUGCAACAUACAUCGAUGGCAUCAAUUAUCUCCUUGUUGCAUUAGGAGACGGUGUAUUACUCUAUUACACACACGAUCUACAAAAUGCUCAACUUGGCGAAGUAAAAAGAACAUCAGUGGGAACUCGUCCACCAAGUAUGCGACGAAUUUGGACAAAUCGCCGACAACACGUUUUUGUCUGCUCGGAUCGACCGGUUAUUGUAUUUUCGCACAAUCGAAAAUUGGUUUUUUCAAAUGUCAAUUUGAAACUUGUCAAUGCGAUUUGCUCAAUCAACUCGAGUCAUUUUAGGUGGGUUUUUUAUUAAAAAAAAAUUUUUUUUUUCAAAAUCCCCAUAUUUUUUUAGAGAUUCUUUGGUGUUGGCUGACAAAACGUCGAUAAUUUUUGGAACUAUUGAUGAUAUUCAAAAAAUACAUGUGAGAACUUACCCCAUGGGAGAAUCGGUGAGAAGAAUUGCGCAUCAAAAAUCAACUGGAACCUAUGCGGUUCUUUCGACUAGAGAAGAUGUUGGGGGAGUGGUUUCGACGAGUGCAUCGACAACUGCGGUUUGCAAAUCGGGAUAUGAGAAAAGUAUGGGAAUUUUGAUUUUUUUUGAAGAAAAUUUGGGUUUUUUGUGGGAAAACAGAACAUUUUUUGGGUUUUUUAGACCAAAAAAAUACGUUUCAAAUUUUUUUUGGGAAAUUCAAAAAUUCAAAUUUUCCGCUUGAUUUUUCUUGCGGGAAAUUCAAAAAUUCAAAUUUUCCUCUUAAUUUUUCUUGCGGGAAAUUCAUAAAUUCAAAUUUUCCGCUUAAUUUUUUCUGGCGGGAAAUUCAAAAAUUCAAAUUUUCCGCUUAACUUUUUCAUUGCGGGAAAUUCAAAAAUUCAAAUUUUCCGCUUAAUUUUUUCUUGCGGGAAAUUCAAAAAUUCAAAUUUCCCGCUUAAUUUUUCUUGUGGGAAAUUCAAAAAUUCAAAUUUUCCGCUUGAUUUUUCUUGCGGGAAAUUCAAAAAUUCAAAUUUUCCUCUUAAUUUUUUCUUGCGGGAAAUUCAUAAAUUCAAAUUUUCCGCUUAAUUUUUUCUGGCGGGAAAUUCAAAAAUUCAAAUUUUCCGCUUAAUUUUUUCUUGCGGGAAAUUCAAAAAUUCAAAUUUCCCGCUUAAUUUUUCUUGUGGGAAAUUCAAAAAUUCAAAUUUUCCGCUUAAUUUUUCUGGCGGGAAAUUCAAAAAUUCAAAAAUUGGGAUGAACAUUCUGAAAUUCAGAAUUUCAUAUGAACCAAAAUUUUCCAGCUCUCACAAGAAAAUUGUUCGAAAUUUUUUUUUUUGAAUUUUCAGCUUGGAGUUCAUCAAAAAAGUCGAUUUUCAAGUUUUUUUUAGCUGAAAAUGAACAAAUUCCUUGUGAGAGCUAAAAAUUUUGAUUCACAUGAAAUUCUGAAUUUCAGAAUGUUCAUCCAAUUUUUUUAAAGAAAAUUUUUCCAAUUUUAAAUUUUGGUUCGAACAUUUCACAAAAAUCGAAAUUUUGAAACGUAUUUUUUUUUGUUCAAAAUCGAGCUGAAAAACUAAUGACAAUUUUAAAAUAAAAGAGAAAAAUUUAAAAAAAAAUGUUUAUUUUUUUCUGAAAAAAUUGAAAUUUUUUCGUUUUUUCAGCUUGGAAUUCAUCAAAAAUUUAGAUUUUUAAGCUGAAAAUUAAAUUUUCCAGAAGCACAAGAUGAAAGCAGCGCUCCAGCGGUGUCUGAAAUCUCAUCUCUAAUGAUUCUCGAUCAACACACAUUCAAAGUUCAACACACCUAUUUCUUCGAAGAACGUGAAGUAUCAAUCAGUGUUAUUUCCGGACAACUUGGCCAAGAUCCAAAAUUCUACUAUAUCGUUGGAACAUCUAUCAUAAAUCCAGAAGAAACUGAGUCCAAACAGGGAAAAUUGAUUGUAUUCCAAGUGGAUCCGGAAGACAGAUCGAAACUAAGAUUCAUCUCCCAAAAGGAAAUUCGAGGAACUCCAUAUUCAAUCAAUAUUUUGAAUGGUAAAUUGCUUGUGGCGAUUAAUAGUGCUGUUAGAAUGUUUGAAUGGGAUCCGGAUACUGGCCUACGUCACGAAUGUGCUAGCUUCAAUAACAUCACUGCACUAUCUGUUAAAGUUAUGGGAGAUCAGAUUUUGGUGGCGGAUUUGAUGAGAUCUAUGAAAUUGUUGACGUAUCGAAGUAUGGAGGGAACACUUGAUGAAGUUGCCAAGUAGGUGGAGACUAAUAUGAGUCAUGGAUUUUGGGACGCUGAAAAGUGUAAAAACUGUGAAUUUUCGGUUUUUGGACCUCUAAAAUGCUCAAAUUUCGAUAUUUUUCAACAAUUUUCAUUGAAAUCUGAUAGCAUAGCGUUGUUCAGAAGGCGAGUUAGAAUAAGUUCCUGGCCAGAGUAGAAUUUUGAAAAAUAUUGAAAUUUGAGCAUUUCAGAGGCUCAGAAGCAGAAAAUUCACAGUUUUUACACGUUUGAGGCUAGAUUUGAGCUUCUAAAAUUCAUGACCCAUAUUAGGCAAUUUUAGACAUCAGAAUAAUGAUCAGAUGGUUGAAAACUACUAGAAAUUUAAAUUUUAAAAUUGAAAAAUCUCUCAUUUGAACAGAAAUUUACUAUAUUUAACAAAACUCAAAAAUUGCAGUUCAGAAUUUUUUUUUCAAAAAUUCAAGUUUUUAUUUUCAAAAAAUCGGUUUUCAUCUCAAAAUCGACGAAAAUACGCGAUCAAAAAAUGAUUUCGCCGAUAAAAACUUCAAAUUUUCAUAAAAAUUACGAAUGUAGCUCGAAAACAAAAAAAGUUUUUUUUUUCUAAAUUUAUUUCAAGCUACAUUUGUAAUUUUAUUGAAAAAUUGAAGUUUUUAGCUACAAAAAUUUUUUUAUCGAGUAUUUUCAUCAAUUUUGAGAUGAAUUCUGAUUUUUUGAAAAUAACUUUUUUUUUUGAAAAAAAAAUCGAAAACUUAUGGACAGAAAAAUCAAUUUAUCUGUCUGCACUCUCUCAAUUUCACAUUGUCUCUACUCAAAAAUAAUAAACUGUAUAUUUUGUUUUUCGACGUUAAUUUUGACCCAAAAUCAUGAUUUUCAGCGAUUUCCAUCUAAAAAAUGCUGAAAAAUUCAAAAAUUGACGAAUUUUCAGCCAGAAAACUCCAAUUUUCAUGAAAAAUGGCACAAAAUCAUGAUUUCCAGCUAUUUUCUGUCAAAAAAUGCUCGAAUUCAUGAUUUCAGUGUCCAAAAAUCGAUUUUUUAAAAUAAAAUUUGCUGAAAAUGAGAGAUUUGAGUAGAAAAACCACACUUUCAGGCAGAAAAUGCUCGAAAUUGGUGAAUUUUGAGCCGGAAACUCGAAUUUUCAUUAUUUUUCACCUAAAAUCCCAAUUUUCAGCCAAAAAUCCCAAAUUUUCAGAGCUCGAAGCAAAAUCUGAAAUCGAAAAAAAACGAAAACGCGCUCCACCGAAAUAAACACGCAACGCAGACCGCGCCGCGCGACAACACACACAAAAAAGGGAGGGAAUUUGAAUCGUUCCCUUAUUUGUGUGUGUUGUGGCGCGGCGCGGUCUGCGUUGCGUGUUUAUUUCGGUGGAGCGCGUGGAGAUUUUCGAUAAUAAUAUUAUAGAAAGCAGCAUUAUGCUCUUCGCUUAUAAAUUAUCCAAUGUGUGCAAUUUAUGAUUUGGCUGAAAAACACUGUGAAAUUCUAAUCAAACACUGUGAAAUUCUAAUCAAAACACAUUAUGGACAGAAAAAUCAAUUUCUCUGUCUGCACUCUCUCAAUUUCACAUUGUCUCUACUCAAAAAAAAUAAACUGUAUAUUUUGUUUUUCGACGUUAAUUUUGACCCAAAAUCAUGAUUUUCAGCGAUUUCCAUCUAAAAAAUGCUGAAAAAUUCAAAAAUUGACGAAUUUUCAACCAGAAAACUCCAAUUUUCAUGAAAAAUGGCACAAAAUCAUGAUUUCCAGCUAUUUUCUGUCAAAAAAUGCUCAAAUUCAUGAUUUUAGUGUCCAAAAAUCGAUUUUUGAUAAAAUUUGCUGAAAAUGAGAGAUUUGAGCAGAAAAACCACAUUUUCAGGCAGAAAAUGCUCGAAAUUGGUGAAUUUUGAGCCGGAAAAUCUGAAUUUUCAUCAUUUUUCAGCCAAAAAACCCAAAUUUUCAGAGCUCGAAGCAAAAUCUGAAAUCGAAAAACACGAAAAUGCGCUCUAAUGCACUAAUUUUGAGUGAAAUUUUCAUCGAAAAAUCAGUUUUCUACUAAUUAUAUUUUUCUUAUUACAAAAUAUUAGAGUAAUUUUGAGAGGAAAAAUGUGAAUUUCAGAUUUUUCUCAAUAUUGUACAGACAUCGAGUUCAUAAAUUUUCAAAAAAAAAUUUCAGAGAAUCAAAUUGUAUGUGGAUGGCGGCGUCGGAUUUCAUCACAGCUGAAAAAGUGAUUGGCGCCGAACUUCAGCAUAAUCUUUUUGUCUGUGAAGUUGAUAAAACUCGAGCCGCUGCGGAUGAUUCGAGAUAUCCACUUGAGGUUUGUUUUUUUUUCAAAAUGAGCCAAGUUCUGGGCUCUCAAAAGUUCAAAAAAUGCCAAAAUUGGCUCAUAAAACACGUCAUAACUCAAUUUUCGAUCAAUUUUCAGGCAAUCGGCUUCUUUUACCUUGGCGAAAUGGUGAAUGUGAUGAGAAGAUGUAGUUUGGUCACACCACCCGAUGAUUCAUUGAUUCAAGUCAGUCAACCAAUUAUGUUUGGAACUGUUGAUGGAUCGAUUGGUUUGGUUGUUCAGAUUGAUGAGAAAUGGAAAAAGUUUGUGCGAUUUUUCACAUUUUCAUUAAAAAAUCUGGAAAUUUUCAUCAAAAAAUCUGGAAAUUUUCAUCAAAAAAUCUGGAAAUUUUCAUUAAAAAAUCUGGAAAUUUUCAUAAAAAAUUUGGAAAUUUUCAUUAAAAAAUCUGAAAAUUUUCAUAAAAAAUCUGGAAAUUUUCAUUAAAAAAUCUGGAAAUUUUCAUUAAAAAAUCUGGAAAUUUUCAUCAAAAAAUCUGUUUUUUUAGAACUUUGAGCACAAUUCUUUUUUUUUUUUGCUCCAAAUCAAAAUCCCCCGAUUUUUCAGACUUCUUCUGAAUGUCGAAAAAGCGAUCGCGGAUUCAAUCAAAAAUUGCCUUCAAAUUGAUCAUUCGACAUAUCGACAAUUUUCGAUGAAAAAACGAGUUGAACCGGUGAGUUUUUUGAGAUUUUGGGGCUGAAAAUCGACAAAAUUCUGAAUUUUUCGAGCAUAGAAUCGAAAAAACUCAAAUUUUGAGCAAAAAUUUGAAAAAUUCUGAUUUUCCAGCAAAAAACCGCUUCUCCAUGAAUUUUUGUGCUCAAAGAGCUGAGGUUUUGGUUUUUUCUUGAGAACUAGGCGCGGCUCCUUGCCACAGUGAAUUUCUCGACGCGGCUCCUAGACAACCAGGCUCUCAAGGCGCCAAUCCUUGCCAUUGAAGCUCUCAAGGCUUGGUUACUUGACAACCAGGCUCUCAAGGCGCCAAUCCUUGACAUAGAAGCUCCCAAAGGCGCGGCCACUUGCCAGAGUGAAUUUCUCGACGCGGAUCCUAGACAUUCAGUAUUUUUGCAGGCAACCGGAUUCGUCGAUGGUGAUUUGAUCGAAUCAAUUCUGGAUAUCGAAAGAUCUGCCGCAUUACAAAUACUUUCGCGAGUUCCAGCCUCUGGAGAUGGAAUUCCAACAGAUCCGGCUGAAAUUCUGAAAAUCAUUGAGGAUUUGUCACGAAUCCAUUGA